UCUCAUGUCCCAGGCAGGCACUUUUGGAGACUACAAAUUCACCCCUUCCCCUCCCUUCUCCCUCAUGCAAUUAUCCAACACAUCUUUCAUUCUCUCCCUCUUCUCCUACCUCCUAUCUUCUUCUUCUCCUUCUUAUUCUCCCCAGCACAUACACAAUCACACUUCCUUGCAAUCUAGAAGCUUCCAAAUCAGUGUUCCCUUCACACACAAAACCAAAAAACAAAACAUAACACUCAGUCUCACCACAUGGCUACAAUCGUCGAGUCAAGAACACUCAAGCUGAGGUUAUCUUCCUCAAAACCACUUCCCCCUCCUCAUCAAUCCAUUGAUCUAUCCUUCAAAUCUUGCUUCAGGGAUUCAAACAACAAUGAAGAAAAUACCAACAAAACAGACACCUUCAAACCCAACAACAACAUGGGUAAUUCUUGGAGCUUCCUCGAUGCUCUUUCAGAUGUCUCCCAAGGAAACAAAGAAUCAUCACAGAAAGAAACAACGUAUGUACCCCCUCAGCAGAAGCGUUCCUCCUUGCUUCUCAGCCCAAAGAGCCUUGAACUGUGCACUGAGAAUCUGGGCAAUGAGAGUGGCACUGACAUUGCUGAUGAAAAUGACAUUGACUUGUUCUGUUCUGGAGGAAAUUUGGGAACAAGGCGGCAACCUCGUCUUCAACGCUUGGCAGCUAAGAAAGCGAGAACCCAGAAUUUUCCACCCCCUUUGACAACGAUAAGGGGAUCAGAAUCUCUUCUUGUGAGGCCCCACCGUGAAGAUGGACGGCUAGUGAUCGAGGUCACCAAGGUCCCACCACCAAGCCCCUCGUGUUUUCAAGCUGAGAGAAGCCAUGGCCGCCUUCGCCUAUGUUUUUUGACGAACCAACCUCCAAGCUUUGACCCGGAAGAAGAAGAAGAAGCAGAAGAAGAAAAUGAAGAUGUCAAUGUCAUAGACAACAACGAAUUUCCAACACCCAAUAAAGGUUUUGAAGUGGAAUUUGAUGAAAACGACAUGAGUGGACAAAUUCAACAUGCUGAGGUAGAAACAGGGGAUAAAACAGAGGAGGAAACAGAGGAGAAAACAGAGGAGGAAACAGGGGAGGAAGCAACCUUUGCUGCAUGUGGUGGGUGUGACGAGAUGAAAGAAAGUAACGUGAGAAUGGAAAAGUAUGAGAGGCUAAGAAGGUGCAAAGAAGGUGGUGAUCGUGAAAACAGUGAAGUGUUGUUGAAUUGGAGUGAGCCCUUUUGGGUUACCAUUUAAUCUAGCUCUUAGAUUUUUACAUUUCUGCAUUGAUAAAAAAUUAUCUUUUGUCUUUUUCCUAAUUUCUCUUGUUUAUUUGUAUAUUUUCUUUUGUUUAAUGAAUUUCCAAUGAUUUCCCCA